CACUAUUCCGUUGUUUGUGCAAUCCAGUCUGGCAUUUGGGCAGUUGAUAUAAUUCUGACCCCCUGCCACGCUACCACGUGGCUAGAAGGAAGAUGGGGCAGCUUGCGAUGGUCGCGGUGAUGUCUUUCAUGGCAUCUAUGACGGCGCGAGCGGGCACGCAGGAGGAGACCUGGGUGGAUGCGGGCGGUGUUGGCGGGGGGCGGAACGCGAGUGCAGUUCUCGCGUUCUUGCAGGGGCUGUCCCAAUCGGACGCAAACGCAGGGCGGGGCACGACCCAGCGUGUGACCGUCGACUCGCAGGGUAUGCUCGACACGGACGUGGACGGGGAGGGCCCAGAGUGGCUGCCCAUGGCGAAUGCAACCGUGGGGCAAGGCACGGGUCAGCGCGUGGUCGUCAACCCGCACGGGGGGCUGAUCGAGACGGACGUGAGCGAGGACGACGAGCUGGCGGACGACGGCGAGGCCGAUCCAGAGAGGCUCUCGCAGCCCGCGGCGCAGCACGGGGCGGGCCGUGUGCAUCUGGCGGCCCACCGCGCGGGAUCACUGGCGAUGAUGAGGCGGCAUGCGGUGGAGGGCGGUGAGCUCGAUGAGGGCCAGGAGUUCCGAGCGCAUGACUCGGCAGACUCGAUGUGGUGGGGGCGCCGGAGGGCGGAUUCAGGUGGGUAUGGGUGGUGGCCACGCCGGCGGGCAACUCCGGCUCCGACACCAGCACCGACACCAGCACCGACACCGCCGCCGAUUCAUUGCCAGUGGGGAAGCUGGGGCGCUUGGAGCUCAUCGAAUCCGCAGUGCAGCGUGUGUGGCGCAGGUACCAAAUCCCGCACGCGCAGCAUUCAAGUUCAUGCGGCAUGGGGUGGCAGUCAGUGCUCAGGUGGAACUUCGGAGACACAGAAUUGCGCGACCCAGAAGUGCACAUUCACGUCGACCUUCCCAGUGAGCUGUGGGAGCUCCAGUGGCAGUCAGGGCUUCACUGUCAUCGCGCACGAGGAGGGCGGGUCCUGCGCGUGCUGGCAGGCGGGGCUUGGGUCGGAGGAGGCGUUCCUGUUCUCUUACAGUGUGAGCGGUUGUACACCUGAGGCCUGCUGGAGUAAGUAUCGAAUGGUUCUGUACCAGUACAUCAGCAGGAAGCCUAGUGGUCAGACGUCACAUCAGUGGAAGGCCUUCUGCACGGAGGGCACAGCGCUAGGGAGCAACCCUUUGCCGAGCCUCCAGCACAUGGUGGACGAUCUGGUGACUAAACAGGAGUCUGCUGCCGCGGAGGAAUUGCUGAAGCUGGUGGGCAGCCUGGAGGGCUUGCCAUCAGAAUCAGGGGGCUUACUCUUGGAAGCUUCGAGUCACGGUCAGGCUGUCAUAUCUCUCCACCCAGCGAGCUUGUUCGGCAUCACGACCCUCGAGAGUGUACUGGGCGAUGUCACGGACAGCUGGCAGCACCUCACGUCCUCUUCAUUGGCGAUGCUUGAGGAUGCGUUUCAGACGCUCGUGCUUUGGGGCUUGGGUGCCAGCGACCAGCACGUCGUGCUUGGAACCACGUUCAACUAUCCAUCUAACUACUACAGGUCCAUGGGGACGUUCCUGAUCGCGGGCCUCACCGGCAACGAGGCGAUGCGUCAAUGGUUCGAAAAUUUGCCCGCCGGGCCUUCGGCCAAGGUGAAGCACGGCCCAGGCCCGAAUACAACCUUGUACAUGGGUUGGCAGGAUGUUAAGGACAGGCUCGCGUCUGUUGGGAAUAAGUUUGUCGCCAAGACAGCCCAGCGACAAAACGAGCUUGGUAUCCAGAUUCAGAAUGGAGCGGUGUGGCCAAACGCACCCGGCGGCGAGAAGACAAUCUUCCUUGGGUCCAAUUUUGAUAACCAUGCAUUCGUGCGGCCGUUUCUCGCUCAGGUGCUCGACCAUGCCGAGGGUACGGGCUCGUGCGACGGGUCCACUUGUUGGAAUCGCAAUUGGCUCAAAACGCAGGCGAAAACUUGGUUGACCGGGCGCUAUGUGAUCGAAAGCUCAGACUUCAAGUGGUUUGUGACGAAAAUCUUGCAUAAGGUCCACAUGAACAUCGAUCUAACCGAUGCCGAGGCGCAGGAUUUCGCGGACUACAUGGGCAAGGUCAUCUUGCCAGUUCCCUUCCCAGAGGAAGUUGCGAGGAGUGGCCCGCUACAGAGGGUCCUCGGCAUCCCAGAAACGCUGAGCAGGCGCAGUGCCAUCUUGGCGAAAUACCGUGGCGCCAUCCAAGCCAAGUUCCCGUCCCGGAGCUUCACUUUCGGAGAGUUGGACCAGAUCGCCUCAGCGUUCUUGGACGCGCUGCAGUUCGCUGGCGGAAUUGCGGUGCCCACGGUGAUUCAAUACGUCCUGGCGCUGACGCACAUGAGGGAGGCGACCAAGUGGCCUGUGCUUAAGGAGCUGGAACUCAAUGCGGCGAAUAUUCCCAAGGUCGUCUGGGAAACGUUGCGCCUGUACCCUCCGGUGGGAGCCUUCCCGUACUGGGAGAAGGACGGUAACGGCGAUUGGAAGCAUGUCGUGCUCAGCGUCUCGAACGCCUUGAGAGACGCGGACGUAUGGCCGGACCCUGCAACCUUCAAGUUCCGAGAUAUGAGUGAGUAUGCAACGAAAUUCACCGGCUUCGCGGACUUUGCAACGCAUGCGCCGAGCGCCAAUGGGGGCCUUGGUCCGCACGAGCACGUCUGCCCAGGCAAGCAGCUAGCCGUUGCCAUCGUCGAGUCUUUCAUUGAGGAAUUUUCCAGCACCGGGCGUUGGUAUGCGACCAACCCCGCGAUCAGCGUCAAUGCCUACAUGACGGAUUCGUACACUUUGACAAAGUCGGACCACACAUGCUGGGAAGCUCCCUCCAACUGUCAUGCCACGUGGACAUACAACGGCAACACCAUCCAUGGGUGCACUACCCAGGACAGUAUCUUUGGGGAUGGAUGGUGCGCCACCACUAGUGAAUACAGCUGGUGGGCGCCGCAUAAAUAUGAAUACUGCAAGGCGAAGCUCUGCGAUCGCUCACCGUGCUGCUGCAAGUACAGCACCUGUAGCACUGAGGACAUCCUGGUGGGCCAUGCCAAGGAGAGCCACAAUGUCGGGGGCCACAGGUCGGUAUGCUGCAAGGCGUACCCGGGGAAUGUGGAAUGCCCAGGCUACACUCUAGCCUUCGGCUACGGCAUUGGCUACCACACGCCGUCCGUGGACGUAGGCUCCGCGGCGGCAGACGGCAUGUGCCCAGCGCCCGACUACACACCUCCGCCGUACGCGCCACAGCAGAAGGAUACCGAUGCGGUGGAUGCCACGAAGGCGUGCCAGGGCAGGGGCUCAGCCCAGGAGAAGGCGUCGUGCGUCUGCCAGCGGGCUGAGCAGGCCAGCGCGAGCUUCGCGCUGCUGGUGCGCCGCUGCACGGCCAUGACAGCUGUGGUCCAGAACAUUGCCUCUCCGUACGGGUGUUCGGUCCAGAGGCCGACGGCGGGCGGGGCGACGACGUGCAAGGCAAAGGCCCCAUUGCACCUGCAGCUCGUGGAUGGCGCCUCGCAGGCGUGGAAUAGCAUCGCCUCGUGGGGCAAAGAGACGUUCGUCUCCACCGACCUAUGCUUCCCGAACUCGGACGUGUGCUGUGCGCAGGGCAUGCUCGGGACUGAGUCUGCCACCUGCCGCACCGUCACCGCGGACACGCUGAGCAGGGAUUGGCUGGACUUGCCUCCGCAGCUGCAGGGGGGAACCGGCGGAUUUUGGCUGAAGAAGCAGGGCGACUCCUCUGCAAUCAUGUCAUUCGGCCAGACCUCCGACGGGUGCGACCAGAGCCCAGGCAAGAUCGCAAGCGACGGCACCUACAAGGUGCGCGUCAGCGGGGAUCGUUCUUGGUCGUUCCACACGGACACUUUUCUGAAGUCCCUCAUGCUCGCGGAGACGAUCGACCUGGUCUACGACUUCCACUUUGACUCGCCGACGAACCCGAGGUUCGCUCAGAUCAUACCUUCGGCACGGAAUGUGCUUGGGGUCACAGUGCCGUCGUGGCUCCUGGCGUUCAACAUGACGCUGGAACCUGCCCCACAUGACGGCAGCACCUCUGGACAAUCUGUGAAGUGGCUCCGCACGUCAGGCGUUCCCAUUCUCAACAUCAAUGACGAGGACGGCUCGGGCAACUACCGCCUCACUCAGGUGAUCGACGGCGCCGGGAAUAAAUUGCAGCCAGCCUUUGACGAGUGGGUAGCGUAUUGCGAAAACCCAGCACUGACCGGGACAUCCUCGCCAGGCGAGAUCCACUUUCACGCUUUCCGCGGCAAGGGCUACGAGGUGGACACUUUGAGCGAGGAGCUCGACCGUUGCCCCUCCGUUCUGGGCUACGCGGGGGCGAAGAUUCUCAACUCGGCCCUGCUCUUCGACGAUGCCUUUCUGGACAUGUCGCUGAGCAAGAUUGUCCAUCAGCCGGCUCUUGACCGGACUGUCUUUGACGACGCUACUUUUGCCUUUGUCGUCGGCGUCGCCGCAAGCUUGAAGAACAAGGGCGGCAGCAAUCUGCCUGCCGAGCAGAGGAUGUGUGUCCCGUCCCAGACAAAGCUGUCGGACAAGAUUCGUCUGUGGAAGAACUUGGUUCCCAGUCAUGAGGCCGACCCGAAGGCGCCAGCAUGCGAGGGGGAUUCUAUGCGUGAGGUGGUUGCCUGGGCGUCGGUCUGCUUCUUUCUAGUCGUGGAGAAUUUUCCCUACGCCGAUGGGGUCACGGGCAGCGCCAACACAUGGACCACGGCUCUGGGGGGGAGCGCAACGAAGACCAAAGAGUCAUGGAUCAUGGAAAACUUGUUCGAAGCUACGAACAAGGAUGGCGAUCCGAUAUACGCGGACAAGGAGAUUGACUACCGGCACCUCUACCUUGACCCAGCGUUGUCCGCCUAUGGCGGGGGUUGGACGGACUUCCUCGAGUCGCACCUGGCCCUAGACUUCUUCGGCUCGCACCGGGCGGUUCCCGUGACGGGCGUCCAGAAGGGCGGCGAGACGGCGGCGCUCGUCGUUCGCACGACCAGCGUGGCAGGUUUCACGCUCCGCCCUGGCUUCGCAAACUGGGGCGCCGACAUGUACUUCAGCGCCGAGGGGAUGCCGCUGAUGGUGCAGACCCCCGCAGGCAAGCAGUAUUGGAAGUCCGAGAGCAGCGUGCAGGAGUGGCAAUACUGGAAGUGGGUAUUCCGCUCGACGCUCUUCAACAUGGUGACCGUGGUCGACCACCUGUGGUUCACUCACCAGGCUCCCAUGGCGAACGCCGUUGCAACUAUCGCGCGCGAUAGCAUCCCGCACACCCACGCCCUGCGCCGAUUUCUCGGGAUGAUCAGCUUUGGUACUGUCGGUGUGAACGUUGAUGCCAUCCACAACCUGAUGGCGCCCAAUGGUCUCCUGCACCGCGGCUCCCCAUUCGUGGAAUGGCAGCAGGUGCACGAUGCUGCCGAGGACAGCAUCUACAAGUAUAGGGACUACUUCGACCCGUUGCUGGACAAGGCGAAGUUCGCGGCGCUCCACCCCCGCCUCCAGCAGACCGCGUACUACCAGGACGCUCCGGCGCUCUUCGAGGUCAUCUCCGAGCUGAUCGAGGACUUCUUCCAGGCGCACGGGACGGAGUGGUGCGGGGCGUCUGGGGGGGAGAUCAGGGACCAGGGGCUGAUGACCUACGCCCACGCGGUCGAGGACUACCUGACGGAGGAGCGCGGCGGGCGCGCGGCAGACAACCUCGCGUGGCUGAACGGCGGGAGCGCGGCGGGCGGGUGGACCUGCGCGGCGCUGAAGAAGCUGCUCAAGGUCCAGAUGUUCACCGUCACCGGCUUCCACGCCCACGUCGGCAAGGUCGCCGACAUCGUCCGCGACCCCGAGAUGGUGGGCCUCAGCUGGCUGCCGGGCGAGAGGUCGGCGCGCCCGCGCCAGGCGGCGCUGUACGCGCUCGUGUCGGCAGCCACGAGCCUGCGGAUGCCGAAGAUCUCCCACGACUACGACUUCCUGUACAAGGGGCUGCCGAAGGAGGCAGAGAUCUUGCAGGCGUUCAAGGCGUUUCGCCAAAGGUUGGCGACGCUGGAGGCCGAUGUGGACAGGAAGAAUGCCGCCGGCGGCCGCGCUUAUCCAACGAGCGGCCCGAAGCCUCCAUACCGCCAGAUGCACCCCAAGGAUGUGGAGAUCUCUGUCUCGAAGUGAUGCCUCUCGCCUCAGUGCUUCCUGUGCGCGCUUACGCCCUGCGGGCUGUUUUCAGCCUGUCACCAUCCUCCGCAUCCCCUUUUAUCUUCAGGAGCGGCAGAAGGACGUACAUGAAUCCACCUCGGUUCCGAGAGUACGCAUUGCGCGAACGCUCGUCUCACGCGGCUAGUCUCGCGGAUUGGGGGGCCGUGUUCAUGUACGUGCUUGGGCGCGUACGUCCUUUGUGAGCCGCCUCCAUUCCAUCCAGGAUCGGUUUCCAGACGGGCUGUCUGAGGGAUUGGUCCACGGUGUUGUCCAGGGGGUUGUCAUCAUCCCCGACUUGUUAUCUGGGAGCCGCCAAAGAUCAUCAUGGCGCGCCGCGUACCAGCCUGUUUCUAAGGGGGCCGCGUCAGCCUCCAUCGCCACCAAUGCCCGUAUGGCGCACCGUGUGCGAGCUUGUGCGCACGGGAGCCGCCUCAGGGGCCAGCGUUCGGAGGAUCACCGUUGUGCGCCGCAUGCGGGCCGUUUCGCAGAUGUACCACACGCGGGCUGGUUCUCAGGGGAACCGUUCCUGGGGCCACUGUCACAGCAACCACCAUGGUGCGCCACAUGGCAGAUUCCUCGUGGGCCGCAGCCGCAGGGGCCACCAGCGCGGCGCCGUACGCGCCACGCACCUCCGCUCGAGCGGGGGGCACCGUCUAGCGACCGUCGCCCACGGGAGCCACUUCUGACACCGUGGUGUGCCGAGUGGGAGUCACCUCGCUCAGGAGCUACCCCAUGGACCGCCGGAAGCGGGAGCCGCGCGAGAGCGGGCUCGCGCGGGAUCCGCCUCGGGGACCGCCACCAACGGGUUUAGCACGGCGCGUUGUAUGCGAAACGGGUCGCAGGUGAGGUCCUUCACGGACCGCCGUUCCAAAGAUCGCCUUCGUGUGCCCUCAUCGGCAUCUCCCUUCUCGUGCUUUUGCCCCCUCACUGUACCCCACCAGCCCAUGCACGGGGCUCAUCUCAAGUCUCCUGCUCUGGGGCAUACGUUGUCAACUUUUGCUCGGCAUGCGCGGGUAUGUGCAGGGCAUGUGUUCGGCAUGUGCAGUCACAUUGCCCACGGACGCGCAGGAAUCUAUAUUUGAUAUGGGCGGUCACUUUUUCGUCAGAGCAUUAGCCACAUUCUUUAUUAUUGGAUGUGGUGCUGCGCUCGAGCUUUGACCGCAUCUCUGAUCGGGAAUGGUUUUACCGCCCGAUCGCAGGCCGCACUCCUCAUUGUGGGAAAGUCGUCCUCGCUCCAGCGCUGCUCGUGUUGUUGAUGAGCAUUGGCUACAUCCCUGAUUGGGGGUGGUGCGUUCGCCUCAACGCUUGCCACAUCCUUGAGUAGGGUCUGUACUGCCGCUCGAUCACUGGCCACAUCAGUGCUCCCUCCCGAUCGCUGGCCACAAUUACGUGCAAGGGCGAUUGUGCGAUUGUGGUCUCAAUGUUGCAGGGGUUGUCCGGGCUGUCCGGGGGGACCAGUAUUCUUUCACACGCUUUACAUUGAUCGCAGUCAGUAAGUGCAGCUACGGAUUGUGAUUGAAG